GCGAAGCGCGUGCGCAGUGGGGAGGUAGACGCGUGUGCGAUUCGGCGAGGUUGCAAGCUAGCCAGCGCUUGGUGGCGAGCGGCUGUCGCCAUGGGCAAGCUUAAUGUGGUGAUUCUGAGGUACCUCAGCAGGGAUGAUUUCAGAGUGCUUGUCGGGGUUGAAAUGGGAAUGAAAAAUCAUGAAAUUGUUCCACCCAGUCUUAUUGCUUCAAUAUCAAAUCUUAAACAUGGUGGAUGCAACAAGGUCCUUCGUGAAUUGGUAAAGCACAAACUAUUAGCUUAUGAGCGAACGAAAACUGUACAAGGUUAUCGGUUGACAAACACUGGAUAUGAUUAUCUUGCCCUGAAAACGCUUUCUUCUAGAAAUGUCCUGAAUUCUGUUGGAAAUCAAUUGGGUGUCGGCAAAGAAUCUGACAUUUAUAUAGUUGCAAAUGAAGAGGAGCAGCAGCUUGCUUUAAAGCUACAUAGAUUGGGUCGCACAUCAUUUCGGAAUUUGAAGAAUAAACGUGACUACCACAAACAUAGACAAAAAAUGUCCUGGCUUUAUCUGUCCCGCCUUGCAGCAAUGAAAGAAUAUGCAUAUAUGAAGGCUUUAUAUGAUCGAGGAUUCCCUGUUCCCAAGCCAGUGGAUUUCAAUAGACAUGCAGUAGUCAUGGAGCUCAUAAAUGGUUAUCCCAUGUGCCAAGUUCAUCAACUUGAUAAUCCAGCAGCAACAUAUAAUGAGUUAAUGGACCUUAUUGUGAAGCUUGCAAAUCAUGGUUUAAUACAUGGAGAUUUCAAUGAAUUCAAUUUGAUGUUAGAUGAUGACGAUCAUGUCACAAUGAUUGAUUUUCCACAGAUGGUAUCUACGUCUCAUAUAAAUGCUGAAUGGUAUUUUAACAGAGAUGUAAAAUGUAUCCGUGAUUUUUUUAUUAAGCGCUUCAACUAUGAAAGUGAACUUUAUCCAACAUUUAAGGAUAUCAGGAAGGAAGCUUCACUUGAUGUGGAGAUAGAAGUUAGUGGUUUCACCAAAGAGCUCCAGGAAGAUGCAGCACUGCUGGAUGCUUUCGACCCUGAAGAAGAAGGUGCUGAGAAUGAGCUUUCAGAAGAUGAUUUGGAUGAAGAAAUCAAAAAUUCUAUCAAAACAAUUGAAAGCGAGGAUUUGCAUGCCAACAGUAAUUCUGAAAAUUCUCCUAAUAGUGAGCAGACUUACAGGGAAGAUACCAGUGGUAAUGAUAUUGAAAAUAUUAAUUUGGUGACACUGAAAAUAGAUGAUGAAGAAGUUGAAAGACAGUGCACUGAAAUGGCUGGUGCUGUUGAACUUUCUGGAGAUGUUAACAAACAUUAUCAUGAACACAUGUCUGAAAUGGUGCAUCAGAUAGACCGGAGUGACGCUGUUCCAACUGAUGAAGAAGAAUGCCCAGACUUAAUUGAUCUGUCUGCUCACAACAAGGAGUUUAAACCUUUCAGGGAUGAAUCGAUGGACUCCUGUGGACACAGACAGAGAACCACCAGUGUGAGUUCUGCAGGCAGCUUGUUGAGUACUUCAACAAUCCCACCAGAUGUGAUCAAACGAAAGGUUAAACAACAGCUCACCAAGCAGCAAAAGGCUGCAACAAGAAGACGUUUACAAAAAGGAGAAGCCAACAUCUACACGAAGCAGCGGCGAGAAAACAUGCAGACGAUUAAAUGGAGUGUUGAUGCACAAGAUUUCUGGGGUUAGAAGUGCUUUUAGAAAUGUCAUAAUUCUAUUUGGCUACAUAAGUACAAUGAAGAUUAAUUUGCACUGAUACUCUAUUUACAUUUCUACACUUAAUAUUAUACAGUACAGUGUGUUAUAAAGUUAUUCAUUCAGUUUGGGACUUAAAGAUCACAUGAAUUUGCUGGAGGAACAGGUCAGACAGAAUUUGAAUCUGCAUACAAAUCUGUACUACAAAACCCAUGGAAAUAUCAAACUGGGGAGUCCUGGAAAAGUUCUUUUAAAAAUAAUACUUAAAAUAAUGUGUGGUAUGAUCUUUGAAUUUUGUUUUGAAUCUUACUUUCCUUAAGUCAUUUGUUUUAUAUGUGAAUUCUCAAUGGAAUGUCUAUUUGAUGAAAAUUGUAUCUCAAUAUUUUGAUAUACUGAAUCAAGAAAAUUGAAAUAAAUAUUUAAUUAGCUCACUGCUGUUUAAAUUUGGCUAAUAGAGAUUACUGUUAAUAUGUGUAUAAUAUUUGUAGCACUUUAUAGUUUCAGUAAUAAAAUUGGGGAAUACCAAG